CUCGGCAAUGCAGUCGUGCGUUUAGAAAAAAAAAUGCCCGGAUCAAAGGGAUCCACUCGCCUUCUUCGAUGUUUUGGAAUUCGCAAAUUAUCCAGAAAUGGCUGCCCGCGGACGUGUCGCAGCGCAAGGAAUUGUUCGACGACUGCAAACUGCUAAAUUCCACCUGCGAAUCGCUCGCAGACCGACUAGAAGCCCUAUCUAAUCAGUUGAGGAGCAAACCCGGCUCGAAAUUCAACCCGUUGAUACACGAGAACGAUCUUCAACUUACCGAUAUUGAAGAUGUAACGGUCACUUUGGAAUCGAUAGCCAAGACUUAUGCAAACCUAAUGCUGGAGCUGUCCGAGGCGUCGUCGGGCGCCCGGACGCUGCACAAGGAGAAGCUCAAAAUGUGGAAGACCGUCCUGCGCAAGGCGGAAUCGAAGCUGAUCUACUUCGUCCAAGAGAUAAUCGGCGAAAUAACGCACCUGUUCAUCUACUACGGCGAAUUCCUGCUGACGCGCACUUUGCGCGUAUCGCUGAGCUACAACGCUCUGCUGGACGUCGACAAGAAACACGACGCCUCGAACGACAACAGCAUCUGCAAGAACACCUGCCCCUACCUGAUCUUCCCCGUGAGGAAGGUCUCGGCGACGCGGCUGCUGCGCAUCGUCGCCCACAAGCGAGCCGAGCUCUGCUGCCACAAACUCAUCGACUGCCUGCUCGACGCCUACAAAACCUGCGAAAACUCCGACGACGACGACGGCUCCGACAAUUCCAGCCUCGAGAUUUACGCCACGCUCACCAAGCACCUCAACGUGCCGGAGACGACGCGCGCGCGCCGCGACGCCCCGCCCGCCGGCGACGUCGCCGACGGCUUCGCCAGCCUCGAGGAGUUGAUCUUCUACGAGGAGAAGAACCUGCUAGAUCUGCUCGAUGUCGCCGUAAAAACGGCGCCCGCGUUGCUCGGAGAAGACGGCGUCGUGAGCACCGGCGAGCCGCGCGUUCGCCCCGAGGCGCUCGACAAGCUGCUGGAGUUCUACGAGCAGGUGCUCUGGAGCGAAGUGGGCAACUUCCUGGAGCACACGGUGCUGUGGUGGUCGUCGUCGCCGUUGGCCGCCAGGCCACCGCACUCCAGCCAGCACCUCAGGGAGUGGCUCGUCAGGUUCAUACCAACAGCUGAUGUUUCUCCUGUGGUGCUGUCGGCUCUGGCUAGUCUAGCGGACGCUUUAGGCGUACACGUGACGUCUACUUCUUGGGACCAAAGGUUCAGGUUGGCUUUGGUAGCUGCAGGGACGACGGGCAACAGAGAAACCGGCGGAUUGUUCGCAGAAGUUUUGCAGGACCUCGUGAUGCUGUGCAACCAAUGCGAAUCGACGCCCGAAUGGAUCGUGGGCGCUCCCCUCGACGAGCUGCCCUUGGUGGAGCAAAUACCCGUGCUACACAGAUUAGAUCAUUCGGUGCACACGGCUCGGCUGUGGGCGAUCAACGAGUGCAAGAAAAUCGUGAACGGCUGGAACGUCAGCGGGUUCUUCGCCGUGAUCCACGAGGAUACGGUGAAUUGCGUCGAUCAGUUGAACGGGUUGAGAUUGGCCGAUCAUUCGGCGGAGAUCGAGAAGAAGGGGAUCAGCGUGCACGUGGAGGUGUGCGCGCUGAUGCGGGCGAAAUUGGUAUCGGAGGUCAAAGCGAACUUCGACAAAUUGAAAGAAGCGCACAAGGAGUGCGUGGACGGUUUGGCGAGCGUCUGCAGGACGAUAUGCUUGGCGAAUUUGCAGAUGAUUUUCCCGCGUAACGCCGUUUGGAAGAAAACCGAAGCGCUCGCCAACGAAACGCCUAGUCCUUUCGUAGACGAAUAUUUAAAUCAAAUCAUCGUGCCGGUACUGAAGUCGACCGAAGACUACGCCAUCACCAACAUGAUACUGACGCUGUUGUGCGAAUCCUGGCUGGAUCACAUUUACGUGAACAGGAUCAAAUUCAGUCGCUCGGGCGCCUGUCAAUUGCUCUGCGACUUCGGCUACGUGUCGACUUGGUUAACGCAGUACGAGAUCAAGGAGUCGAUGAGGAAGAAGCUGCUGAAGAACGAGGCGCUGAAGCGGUGCGAAGGAGUCGGCAGGUUGCUGUUGAGGAGGCCCGGCGAGAAGAUCAAAAUGACCGAUAAGAAUAAGAACGUUCAAGCAAAACGCGUUGAAGAUUCUUCGGAUGAAGACGGAAAAGGGGAAUUGAUGCCGGCGGAAAUGUACGUACCGAAUCAGGAGCAGUGGUUAGAGUUGAGAGCGAUCAAAAAGAAAACUUCCUUUCCAAUGCCUAUAUGUUGCGGGGAACCAUAAUUUUAUUUAAAUCGUUGAAUAAAGAUUCUGCAAGGACAAUUUCUAAUUAUUCGUCGUUUGAUUAACUCACUCCUUUUGACAUUUGUAUCACAGAACAUUAUAUUUAUAUAAACUUUUCAUACAUAAGUAUAAACUAAAUUACAUGUUUCUAAAAAUGAGAUUAGCAUUUAUUCGUAACGUCAGAUCAGAAAAAUUCGUGCCACAUAUCAUACGAUAGUCAAAAUCGUACAAAAAAAAAAUACUGAAUAGAGCCACCAAUUCAAACAACAACAACAAUAAUAAUAAUCCCUUUCCUGUUAGGCACUUUUUUUAUUCAAUAAAUCAUUACGCGUUACGGUCCAACCGUUGCAAGAACCUCCUGGGCAGCCCUAAAUCGAUCAAUUCGCUAGCAUCGAGCUUGUGCAACCGAGGGCUGUAGUGCAACACGGCCUCCCAGCUGAUCUCGCUCAAUUUCGGUAUGCACAGCCACGUCGAAUACACGUCGUUGCUCCGUCUCACGUCCUCGUCGACGCUGUAGUUGCCCCCGAACACGUACAGCUUGCCCUCCGGCGUCGCCGCCGUCGCGUGAAAGUACGUCGGCUGCGGCAAUUUGCACAAACUGAAGUACGUCCAUUGGUACGUCACCAGGUCCAGUCGCCACAGAUCGUUGAAGAUGUCCUCGCCGUCGUGGCCGCCCGUGAUGAACAACUGCACGCUCGACGUGCUCGUUAUUUGAACGGCCCCGUGGCAACGUCGGGGUUCCGGAUAAC